AUGCAGAGACGAAACUCGUCCCACUCCCUUACUUCCUAUCUGGGUCGUUACCCAGGUCCAGAUCUAUCUCGAGAUCCUAGUUCUAACACACUAUCUCUCGACGACCUGCUUUCGAGAAGAACUCGGAGACCGGAACCAGGCUCUUGUGCAAACCGCUCCUAUUGUUUCCCCAACGGCGAGGUUUUCACUCCCAGAAAUGCUCCGGUGAAACGUAAUCGACCGCCGAAAAUUGCCACACCAAAACAGCUUGCAAUUCCUCGGUCAUCGUCGAUGGUUCUGUUGCCAUCUUCAAAAGCUUCUCCUUCAUCAUCCCCUUUCUUGUCAGCAUCUCACUCGUUCCAAACUUUAAAAAAUAAAAGCAAACAGAAUUUGGCGGCCCUGAUUCGGUCGAGUAAAAUGGACACGCUUACAAACAUCAAUAUCACUUCCUUAUCCCAUCCAACUACAUUGAACGCCACGCCUGUUCCUCGCCUGUACUCUUUGACCAACAAUCGCUAUCAAGAAAACUCAAACAACAUUGUACGCCUGGAACUGGUGCUCUAUAAUACGUCUUUUGAAACAUUGAAUCUGAACCAACAAAGCUCAGGCUCAAACAGAUCAAGCAAAUCCAACUCUCUCUCCGGAAGAUCCAACACUAACACCCCUCAGACCUCCCUCACAACUUCAGACCACGGAAUGGAUGCCCAACAACUCUCGGAUGAUGGAAGUUCUGUUGACGAAAACAAGAACAAAUCAUUGGAGUCAAUUGAAGAGAUUCCUCCUCUAUCUGUGCCUAGGAAGAGUCCUCCAAUCUUUGUUCCGAAGGAUAUUCCCUUCAAGCAACCCGUUGACCCAUCUGAUAUCCCAACACCUGCUACUGAUACUGUUUCUCCUCAUCAACCCUUACCGGAAGAAGAAACUACGGCGUAUGAUGCAGUAGAUUUAAAUAAUCCCACUCCAUCAGAUAACAACUUCAGCAUUUUAACAAUUGGCAUUGAGCCGGCUCAAAAAGAUCCGAAAUUAACACGUAUGGAAUCCCAGACUAAUUAUGAUGCCGAGGAUGCAUCCAUGAAACACUCUGGCGACUCAUCAUUUUUUGAAAGUGCCUCUGAAUAUCUUGACCAAAGUCAUAUCUCUGAGAAAUCAGCUGAAAGAUUAGUACGCGAUACUGAUGCUAAAGAGACGAAAGUCUCGGAUGAAUCAGAAGUCCCAUACGAAGCGGCUAUGGAAAUUGGGAAAAUUCCCAUUCUUGACCAUGUUCCAUCUCAUUUGCCGUCGUCGCUUUCGCCUAUAACAGAAGAUGUGGCUACUUCGGCGUCCAUUCAUACGGGCAAUGAUCUUCCUGAACCCACAAUAAGUUUGGAUAAUUACCGCUUGCCAGAGCUCCCUAGAGAGACUUAUCAUAAAAUGCAAGACUCCGCAACGUCGGCUUCCAUGAGCCUCGCAUCAGUAAUUACCUUGGCUGGUUCCAAGGAGAUCUCAUUAGACAAUAACGGAGUCGACGUUGAGGGCUCGGCUCUGGAAAAGAAACAUGGAACUGAAAAGAAGAAAAAGAUUAGACUCAAACUCAAUAAAGCACUUCCACCCAUCAACUUUGAGCAAGAAGGAAGCAAUACUCUGUCGGCUGAUGUUGAUAUACCGCCAAGGGUGCAAUCUCCCAAGUUGGAUGAUCCGGACAAUUCUUUGAAAAAAGAUUCUUCUGAUCUGGAACAAGAAUCCAAACUGGCGAUUGCACCUCAUAUUGGUAACACGGACCUCGCCAUUACCAACGCAAAAAAUCUUGUCCCAACCUCUAAAAUUGCUUUGCUGCCUCCUCCGCCUCUGGAUCAUGACACGGAUGCAACGCUGCCGGAAAUUCCUAGUCCUAUUUCAAAAGAUUCUUUUCGCAUUGAAAAACCUAUUAAGGUUACUUCAAGCAACAAUGUUUAUGAAAAGCGCUGUAAAUUGCCUGACGGUGUGCCCCGGAAGGAUGAAGACUCUCAAGCUCCUGAUUUGGAAGGAAGGAAGGAUAUUCAGGAAUUUUCAAUCGAACAAGAAAAUAACGUGGAACCGGAGAAUACGAAUUUUAAUUCUGUAUCUUCGGUUCACCUGUCGAAGUAUGAUGAUAAUGAACUGAUAAGCGCUGGCGCAAAUCGGGUAGACUUGGUCUCUGGAGACCAAUCUCCGUCUACCAUUAUUAUCAAUAUGCCGCCUAGUGAGAAGCCCUUUGCAAACACUUAUCUGGACGAGAAACAAACCACUGAUACUGCUCAGGCGAUCAAGUUGGAUGGGUCUCAACACUCCCCUCUGAAGACAAGUUUGAUCUCUGACAGUAGCUCUAAUGCGUCGGAUGAAUUGUCUGAAAAUCAAAUUAACAAGCUUCUCAAUGACGAUCAGACUGAAGUCCCACCGAGGGGAGAUUUGAACAUUGAAGGUAAAUUCGUCAAAAUUCAUAAGCGAAAUGCUUCUUCUUUGAGCUCUAUGGGCUCUCUAGGUUCUAUCUUGAAUGCAGUUCAGCUUCCACCUACUGCUGAAGUCAAUGAAGAAGAUGAGGAAGGACCUCUGAGGAAGUCAUCGCCGAAUGAUGAUUCAACUGCUUUAGAUCCCGAUCCGAAAAAGCCUGUUGUAAUUAGGCGCUCUAUGUAUGAUGUGGUCAACACUGAUUUUGAGAAGUCAUUACCAACCACACCUCAAAACGUGAAGUCUAUGAUAGAUGAUAUUGACCUUUCGAACGUUGAAUUGAAACUCAAUCUGAACCCAAAACUAGUCUCGAGUGGAAAAGCUCAAAACUCAAAGAAUUCGAAGCCUUCAAAGCCUUCAAAAUUAAAAACCAAGUCAGCUUCGAAUUUGUGCUUGAAAAAGGUGUUGAAGUUUUUCAGCUCUGAAGACGGCCAAACAAAGAAUUUCAAGAAGGCACAGAAAAAUAGCAUAGCAACGCUGACUAAGGCCAAAGUUGAAGUGCAGCAAUCCGAUCAUGAAUUCAAUGGGAAAAGAAAUGGAUUGAGUUCCGAAACUUCUCUCUUAAAAGCAGUUGAGACAGGAGAUGUCAUUCCAUCAAGCAACAAAAAACCCAAGAAAAACAAAUUUAUCAAGUUAAUUUCUCCCCCAAAGCCAGAAACAAUUUUAUUGCAAACUAAUGUGACUAACUCUCAUUCAGAAACCACAAUGUCUGUGCCCACGAGCCAGAACAGACUCAGCUUUAAUUUACCAGCGUACGAGGUGGAGAAUGACACUUUCGAUGACUUGUUGCUCAAGUUUGAUCAGGUGGAGAAAGAUGCCGAAUUGGAAAUUGAAAAUAUAAUGGUAAAACCCAAGAGCCUCUCAGAUUUAUUUUUGAAAGACGAUGAGUUGACGAAGGAUCAAAUUGCAGACCAACAACGAAAGGAUAACCAAAAUUCAGACGAAUCGCUCCCACAAAGGAUAUAUGAAAACAGUUCAAGUGAGUUUACGGACUCCACGCGUAAUUUCCAGAACUUUUGGCUACUGGAAGAUGAAGUUUUGAACGAUUUCCAGGUGGAAAAUUUGCUUGUUCGAUUACCUAAGGAGGAUGGUGAGCAACGAUUUGUGCUCAAGGCUAAUCAGUUUUGGAAAUUUUAUGAUAACGACAGAAACAAAUUUCUUCCCGCAUAUUUCAAACAUGUGAAACAGUUUCAAGAUUAUGAUUUGAUAGAGGUUAAGGUUAAGGACUUUGAUCCUGAAUUUAGUGAUAGUUCCUCGGCAGGCUCUAACUCUGACAUAUUCACCAUUUUAAAAUCGAAGGACGAAAAACGCCGAAACACAAGGCAUGUGAAAUUCUCAAACACAAUUCUGAUCACAGAAACGUUUGCACCAUCCAUGUACAAAAGAUAUAACAAGUCUGUGACUCAAUACUAUCUUACGGAAAGCGCGGAGAUCAACAAAAUCAAGAACGAAUUGAACGCUUACAAAUGUCACGAGAUGCUUGUGCAUGAAAAGUCUCAGAUGAACACUCACUUUUUUUAUUAG